AUGCCCCGCCCCUCCCCAGAGCGCGACGAAAGGCUCGUCUUCGCAGAAGGGACUCGUGACCCCAGCGCCCACGGAGGGGUGUAUGGACGCCAGAGCGAACGCGAGGAAGAACGCUGGAACGCCAGAGGCAACGGGGCCGUGGCCGCCAAACGGCUGGAGCGAAGAGAAAAUAGCGCACCGCGAAGUGAAACGUGGCGUCGAAUGCACCACGAGACAGGGGGUUUGGAGGGGCGAGGCCUGUCUGAGAGCGAGAAGAACAGCCCUUCCGAUCACGGAUGGAGAUGCCGGCUUUCGACACGCUCCUUUCCGACUGGGGACAGGCAGCCGCGCGUCUCAAAAUCGCGGCCCUCGCCCAGUUCGGCUUCUUCUUCCACGUUGUCGUCGCGCGACUCAGCGUCUCCUUCCGCCUCAGUCGAGAGGGUGCUGGACCAACUCGAAGGCCUGCAAAGCCGCGCAGCCGGGCACCGAGGCCAGAUUGGCCGUCGCCCUACGUCGCCUGCGGAUUCGUCUCGGGGCGAGUUCGUGAAGCUUUCCGGCCGGGAUUUGGAGGAGAUUUGUGCCUGUCUUCUCGUGCACGUGAGGCUCAUGGAUUUCGAUCAGCUCGCGCGCAUGUGCACUUCCCUUGCUUCUCUGAUGAGAACAACUCCGCAGCACUCCGCGACUCGUCUCUUUCCUUCGUCGUCUCUGGAACCCUACGCGCAUCUCCUUGCUCCCCAGUCGCUGUCUCCCUCGUCGCCUCUGUUUGCUUCGUCUCCUCUUUCCUCUUCUCCACCAUCCUCUGUCACCUCGCUUCCUGAGCUGCCUUCCCGUCUGUUUCCCUGUGCACAAUCCAACCACGACGGUUCGUCCGCGCCUCCUGGGACUUUUGAGAGGGUACCCUGCGAUGGAAAAAACAAGGAAUUCCUGCAGAUGCUUCGCCGACUGCCGGAAGAAUCGUCGACGUGCGUGCAACUCCUUCGUCUCGCAUGCACCGCGGCUAUCUCUCUUCUGCGGCCAUCUGCGGCCUCUGCUUCUCCUCCAAGUCUAGAGAGAGCCCACGUGCAGCUUUCGUCUGUGCUGCGGCUCCUCCACGUUGUUCUUCGCGACCUGUCGCUCUCUUCCCCGCUCCUCUUUCGACGGGCCGCCGCCUACCUCGCUGACGACGUCGUCCUCGUGGAGAAGGCGUACCCUCGCGACUGCGCUCGGCUUCUGCAUCUGUUUAUGAAACACGAGGUUCUGCUGGCGAGCCGGAACCGACACGCUGGGGCCUUUUCCUCUCAGGCAAAGCUCGUGCUCACGCCGCCCGCGCCGCCCGCGCGCCCCAGCGUAGCCAUCCGAGACAAGAACCAGAGACUAGACGUCACCUCGUCGGGGUUCGCGAUCGGUGCGGGGACCGCGGCGUCGCGUCCCCCGCGGCCGCAGUCGCUGGCCUCUCCGGAGGCUUCGGGUCUCCGGUUUGGCUGCUUGAGCUUCGAACAGGCGCUGACGCUCCCACUGUUUCCCCUCGAGGGAUCCCCGCUCUCUUCCCCAUGCGUGAUGCGACUCUUUCGGCGACUGGCGGCUCGCCUCUCGCUGCUGCAGCAAAGGCACUCGGCGGUCUUCAAGGGUCGACGCGCCGUAGAGGAGCAGUGGAACCAGAUCCAGUUGAGAAAAGAGGCUCUUCUGGCGACGGCGGAAAACGCGCGAGGGCGCAGAGAACACGAGCAAGGUCGACCUCUCCAGGCGCCAAAGACAGCGGCGGAAGAGGCGCUUGGUAGACGGGGCGAGACAGCCCAACAAGGCGUCGGAGACACACGAGCGGAGGAAACCAAACGAAACGUGGGGGACGAAGCGGAGAGAAUGUGGAGCGAGAUAGAAGAGGAGGAACGACGCAUUUCAAGACUCGCAGAAGACUGCGGAAAAGACAAUCUCCUAUUCCUGAAUGGCCAAGAUCUGUCGAUGAUUCUUGACGCAUUCAUCAAAAUGCGCCUCAUCGACGUGCGCUUGUACACCCUGCUGAUCACGUCUUCACUUCGUAACCUCGUGCUCAGCUCUCGCAGCCCUGCGCGUCUGCCUUCUCUGGCUACUGCGUCUCUCGCGUCGCGGGAGUCUCUGGCGCGUGAAGAGAAAGAUCGACAGUGCACCGGGAGAGACGUGGCGGCUCUGUAUGGACAUUUGGUAGCUCUCCUGAAGCUGCUGGAGGAGGCGCACACCCACGCGUUGCCGGCGACUUUCGAUUCGUCUCAGGCUCCAGGCGUGAACCCGUUGUCUCCCGCUGCUCGGCAGCCGGAGUCCUCCUCGGCGCCCUCGCCUCCGCCGCCAUCGUUUGCCGCUUUGCGUUCGCCGCCUGCUUUCGCGCCCUCAUCUACAGCCUCUCUCGGGCCGGACCACGCUGCGUCUGCGUCUCCAAGCUCAGCAGCGCCGCACGGCGCGCCGCCCGGCGCGCCGCCCUGGGUGUCGACUCUGUCUGCAUUGGCAAGCCGCGCGCUGCCUUUUCUGGUUCGAGACUUUCCGCAGGCUCUCCGGCGGGAGAAACUGACGAGUCUCCACCCUCACAGUCUCGUUGCUCUCGUCCACGGAAGCUGCGAGCUGUGCCGCUUUUCGGCCCGUCUGUCUGCGGAGGAGUUUGGCGUCGUUGUCGCGCUCUUGGCCGGCGGGAAGGAGCCGGCGCUGCGCGCGACGGGAGACCAGAGCGAGGCUGGGCGAAGCCGGAAAGAGGACGGGAGCGACAGACUCGCGGCUGUCGAUCGCGCUCUUGGAGGGAAGAAAGAAGCAAGAGGGGAAUGGGGGCGGAUGCUCAAGGCAUGCCACGAGAGGAUCCUCAGUUCUGCCUUCCAAUUCGAACCUUCGCAUAUCUCUGUCCUCCUCGCAGCUUACGCGAAUCUCCACAUCUCGCCGUCGCUUCCCGUUUCCUCGCCGCCGCCUUCGCUGGACCCGCCCCUCGACUCCGACAAGUGGCGAGAGGAAGGAAGGACCGAGCAGCGACAGCGGGAAGAAGAGAGUAUCUGUUUAACGGAUUUGUUAGUCUCUCGAUCCUUCACGGAACGGGUCGUGGACGUUCUGCCCAAGUUCAUCGUCCCUCACCACUGCGCGACUUCCCUGCGAGCGCUCUCGCUCUACCUCGCGGGCAGCGCGGCGAAUUCGUCCACCUCACCUUUGCCUCCUCGAGUCUUGGCUUCGCUUUCUUCCCAAUCUUCUCUGGCUGCUCAUCGUUUUGAAGAUUUGCGACGACGAGCGCCGGUGGGAGAGACCGGAGACGGGGCCGCAAGCGAGGCGAUGGAGGAACCGUGUGAGCCUACCCAAGAGGCCUUGCGAAAUGCAGCCAAGCUCUUUCAGGCCUUGCUCGGAAGGAUCCUGGAGACGGACAGUCUGUGGCAGAACGGCUGGGCCGGAAAGGAAAUCGUAACUGUAGCUGGGGCUGUGGCGCGUGCAGCCCCGGCUUUGCUCUCUCUCUCUUCGGCCUCGGCUGCUUCACCUUCGCCGUCGGCUCCUCUUCGUUUGUCUCCUUCCUCUAGCUUUCCGUCUCCUUCACCUUGUCUUCUUCCGGCUUCCGACUCCACGAGUAGCACCGCCGACUCGCCGUUGGUUCCCGUCGAGCGUCCGCGAGAGCUUGCGGGCACAGAGUGGGGGGAAGGGGAAGACUGCGAGAGUUGUUUCUUGGAUCGAGAAGGCGAAGACGACGACGACGGAUUUGGACUCGUCCACGCGACAUUGCCCAGCGAGAAAGCGAACGAAGCACUGCACGAGCGCACAGGGCGCGAUGUGGCCUCGGCGCCGCCUUCUCAGGUCUGCGUCGCUUCGUCUCUGACUCUCCUUCCGUCGUCUGGGUCAGUCCCCGCGCUCUCGCGUUCCAGUCUCGACUCUUUGCAGCGUCCAGCGCUGGACACGCCAGUAGCAAAGUCGCCACCUUGCCUGGUGUCUCUCUUCUUCUCCUCACUCUGUUCCUUCCUCCUCAACCUGAAGCUUCGCAGGUCUCCAUUCGCUGCGGAAGGCACUGCGAGCGGGCCGUCGCACCUGAUCUCCCCGCCACGUGCUUCCUCGCAAGGUGAACCUUUCCAAAACGCCUCGCCCUUUUCGCGAGAAGGUUUGUCUCCUCGCGUGUCGUCAGUUUUCCCGGCGGAGGGGCGUUCUCCCGGAGCUGUGCCGCUCUCUCUUUCGACGAGGAAAUUGGAAGAGAUUUGCGCGUCUCCGCACCUCCUCGUUAUGUUGAUGGAUUCGAUUGUCUCGGUGGCGACUACCCUCCACGACUGCAGCCUGGCUCUUGAGAGAAGAAAACGGCCUUUCACUGGAAGCACAACGUCACGCGGAACCGCAGAUGCAACGUGCACGGCGCGAACAGACAGCGAAGGGGAAGAAACGCGAGAGGACGUGCAAGAGGACAUCUGUUUCGGAGAGGGGAGCGGGAGACAGGAGCGUGUGUGGGCUUCGUUCGCAACACCAAACGAUUUGAAGGCGUUCCUGGAGAGAGGCGACGCGGCACAUCGAGACUUGCUCCUCCUUCUGCAGGUCUGUGGCCACGUGCUCGCGUCCCGACAUGGACCGGAUUUAUCUCUGCUUGACAUUGCGACUUUGUCGCAUGCCUUUUUGAAGGCUCCGGCGCUAUUGAGUGUUUUCUGCCUUCCUCCAGCUCUCGUGGAGCCUCCCGUAUCCAUCGCUCUGCUGGCGACCUUUGCAAAGGCGGCGACGGUGGCGGAGCCGAGUCUCGAGGCGAGUCUCAGAGAACCGCCUACGCGGAGACAGGCGGACGCCGCGCGAGCCUGCGUCAAAGAACAUGCGCCGCGAAACGGGGGGCGAAGAGACACCAAAGAGCGCUUGCCGAGCGAGACUGAGAUGCGCGGCGCAGACCCAGCGAGAAGGACAACCGUCGCUGCAACCGACAGAGAGCGGGGCGAUGGAGGGGGAGAGGAAAGACCAGGCGAGGAAGGAACCUCGGAAAGAGAGGUGACGAGGUUCUGCGGAGAACGUCGAGUUGUCUGCCGACCCAGCAGCGCCGAUUCGUCCGUAUAUCGGACGAUGCUCGCACACCCAAGAACCUGCGAGUUCGUGCGAGAAACGUCGCACUUGAUUCGAAAAGAGUCCGAGGACUUGGCGGCGACGCUUCGAUCGGUCGCGUUGCCACGGGACUCCCACGAAGCUGGAAGCAGAAAACGGUGUUCUAGUGCCACGUCGACUUUCUCGGCUUCUUUAACGGUCCUCGCCACUCUCGUCCAGCAAGGAUCCCUCGCGGCGUCUCGCGCUCUCACGUCUCUUCUUUUGCCGCGUUUUCUCCCCGCUUGGCCUUCGUCGAGUGGUUUCGCAUCUUCGGCCUCAGCAGCCCCUGCAUCGAGGCCGCUCGCCCAGGGAGUCGACGAGGCGCCUGGCUGUGGAGCCAGAGGCGAAGGCAACUGUGAAGAAGCACAAGAGAGAAGCAAGGGAAACGGGGGGGGAGAGAGGCAGAGAAACUACGAGGCACACGGCGUGGUGCACGACUACGUUUCCCUCUUGCUCGCCCUGGAAGACCUCAGCGCCGUGCUUCUCGAGUGCAAUGCGGCGCUCUUGGGAAGAACGUCCCGUCCGGUUGCAAAAACGGCGGAAGAGUCGGAUUUAAGCCCGUUAAGCGCGUCGAAAACGGAUCCGUCCCAAUCGCGCGAAACGCCACACCAAGGCCUCCAUGAACAUCCGUUUGCUCAUUCGCGGGAGGCUUCCUCUUCCCAUCCUAUGUCUUCCUCCUCUCUUGUUUCUUCCUCCUCUCUUGCUUCUUCUUCCUCUCUUGCGUCUUCUUCCUCUCUUGUAUCUUCUUCUUCUCUUGCUUCUUCUUCCUCUGUUGCUUCUUCUUCCGCUCUUGCUUCUUCUUCGCCGUCUGCUGUGUCUGUUGCCCGCGCCCCGUCGCCUUCUUCCGGGGCGUUUUGUUCCCCUUCGAGCGGAGGCAAAGCGCUCGACAUCUCUGCGCCCCACGCGCCGCAGGCGAUGUGCGAGCGGUUGAUUGACAUGAUGCUCGGUUUGGAGAGCCUGUUGCUCCUCGCGCGGCACGCGAUGCUCACGAGGAAGAUCCGCGUCGAGCGGCCGGGAUUGGGAGAGAUGAACUCCACCCAGCGCGGCGAGGAGACAGCGGGGCCCGAGAGCGAAGCGAUCGGGCGAAGGCGCCCUGCCGUUCGCGUGGAAGCCAGCGCGCGGGAGAUCAUGGACGCCCAGCGCAUGCGCCGCAGAGAAAAAGAGAAGCGCAAUGUUGAGACGGGGGAGUCGAGGCGAAGCGCCGUCUCGGAGGAAGACGAAGGUGGAGACGCGAUGGCGCGAGAGAGAGCAAGUGCGGCGGAAGCUGCAGGUGCUGUCGAUUUCCUUCCUCGUGAGUCGAAGGCUUUCGAGGACUUCUACGAGACCCGAAUCGAGAAGCUGCUCGGUGAAGCAGCCAACCAGCUUGAGAACCUUCUGCUGCUCUCCGCGCAUGCGAGUCGCGAGACAGCCUGCGAACAAGAGAGGGCGAGGAAGAAAGGAGACGCGCGGCACAGCGAGACACAGCCGAGGACGACGCAAGGCGAGGACUUCCUCUUCUCUCCCAUCCGGUCGUCACGUCUCGGUCUCUGUUUGCGAGUUCUUGAUACGGGCCGUUUCCGCCAAACUCUCCUUCUUCCGGCCCUUCGCGAUCAUCUGCUCCGCCGCGCACUCGCUACCCUGGGCCCCGGUCCCCUUCGAGGACGACACGCGCCUGCCUCCGUCCCUUCACCGCCCUCGCCUCGUCCACGCGCCUCCACCGCAGACCAGGCGCGUCGGCCUUCUUCCCGUUCGCCACGCGCGCCUGCGUCUUUCUCUCCUUUGGCCUCUCUCUCGGACGCUUCGACCGCUGCUGUCUCUCGUUCGGCCGCCCUCGCUUCGCUCUCUCCCCGCCGGCUCCGGAAGGCGCCUGCCUCUCUCGCUCUCACCUCCAGUGAACUGUGUGGGGUGCUCAUGGCGCUUGCCUCCCUGACUGCGUGCACGCCGCACCUCCUCGCGCAGUUUCUCCUGUGCGUCCUCGAACGCUCAGCUGGGUUCCGAGACAGAGACGAAAAAGGAGACUUCCCGGUCACGCUCUCCCUCAGCCACACGCUCCAGUUUCUUCAUACCUACACCGUCGUUUUCGUCAUUCCUCAAAGUCCUACAUCUGUCCUGUGGAACACGGUUCCGUCGUCCUCUUCACCUUCUUCGUCUUCUUCAUCUUCUUCGUCUUCUUGGCCUGUACCUGUUUCGUCUGCCUUCUGGUUUCUCCUUCCCGCAACUUCUUCCUUUCUUCUCUCCUCUUUCUCGGACUGCCCUCGCUCUUCUGGGCACGCGCCACUUGAGCUUCUCCACGCUUCGCACCGGCUGCUUCUUCAGCGGCUUGGCGAUUUCUCGGAGGACUUGCUUUUGCCGCUUUUGCGCGUUCACCACAGUCUCCUGCUUCAGCACGCGCUCGAUUGCAUGCCUGCAUCCGAAACGAAGAACAUGGAGGCGAAGCUGCAGACGCCCGGGCAGAAGGCGCGCGGCGGUCUCCGCGGCGAUGGCGAGAAGCCGGCGGAGAGCGCGGAAAACAGAGACAAAUCUGCUUCGGCUGAUACUCGGAGCCGAGACGAACAUACGGGACAGGACAUACUAACAAAGGGCCAAGACGGAGAAGGAGACGGAGGAAGGAGAGAUGGGAGACCGGUCGACGACGAGGCCGCGGAUGUGCGAGAAGAUGGAGUUCUCGACCUGAGUGAACGCGAGACGGAGAAGAAGGUCCAGCAUCUGAUUCUCUCUCUCCGAGCCUCGGCCUUGGGCGUCUUCGAUUUCCCUUUCCUUUCAGAGGGGAACGCCGAACGGCGAUGGAAGGCAGAAUCCUACAUGCGUUCGCGCUACCAUGCAGACGUGUUGGACACCCUGCGGCGCGUGCUGCUCGCGGAGCUUUUUAAAGAAGAAAGUCUUCCGCUGCCGACCUUCUCGCCGCCUCCUUCGUCGCCUGCGUGCGACGCCCCAGGCCCCGAGGACGAGGCGGUGGCGCGGGGAGACGGCGACAGAGAAGGAGGGAAGGCGAGAGAGAGAAGAGAGAGACAGCAAAGAGACGAAACUGAAGGUGACCGCCACUGUCACGAACUCGCGAACAGGCAAGUCGUUGACGUUCAGGAAAGCCAUGGAAGGCUCAAAGACGACAGACAGGCGUUGCUCUCCCUGAGGGACGUGCAAGUCUUCUCCGAAGUGAGGGUCUAUCCGUGGUAUAUCGACCUCGUCAUUGUCAACGGGUCCGCUCUCAAUAAAUGA